CUGUGCAUGUUCAAAAUGCAGCAGAGAAACGUAAAACCAGCUCAGUUGUAACCGUAGCAUGAUAAGGCGUGCAUCUUUCUUUCUUUUCCCUUUUCUUUUUUUUUUUUUCUUUUUUUUUUUUUUUCUGCUUCCCCGUACUUUUGUAAGAAGCCAAGCCUUUAUAGGAGAGCAUUCGGCAUCAUCAGCUGUUCCAGGUUGGACUCUCAUUGCUGGAAGUCGGAGCUGAAGGAGUCACAUGACAGAACUGGAGGCAGGGAGCUAGAGAGAGGAAAAGGCACAGCAUUCCGCCUCGCACCGCCAUACUGUAGCCUCUUUUGAGCCAUUUCACAUUUUUAUUGCAACAUUUUACUCCCGCUCGGUGAGUACACUUCCACUGGCUAUUUUUUUUCUGUUUUUCUAAACAAACAUUUUUUUUGGUCUUCUAAAUUUACCCCCUUCUUUUUCUUUUUUCCUUUUUUUUGGGUUGUUUUUCCUCCUUUUGCUGGUGUUUGAAUUGAGCAUUUGCCGUGCUGGUUUCAAGCGUUUUUUCCCCCCCACCUCUACAGUCAGUCCAUCCAGGCUUCAAGUUUUCAGCAUGCGGUGAUUCAGAUCGAGAGGGUUUAAAUUGAAGGAAAAAAAAGAAAAGAAAGAAAACGAGUGCGUUAUCGGUCUCUGAGAAAGCAUCUCACUUUGCUUGCAGUUUUGCAGAAACCGAGCAGAUUUGAUCAGUACAGAGAUUUUUCUUUUUCCUGCGCAUUUACUGGUGGGUUUUGGGACAUUUUUUUUUUAUUAUUUUGAUUUUUUUUGUUGUUGUUUUCUGUCGACUUUUGCUGUGGCUUUGGUUUGCAUUUUGGCAGUGUGGUUUGUGAUUUUGAUGAAUCUCACCGGUGAAACCUCUCGCUUUUACUUUGCUCUUUUCUUUAUCUUUUACAAAAAAAAGAAACAAGGCAAUCCUUUUUAAAUCCCCUCUCUGGCGUUUUAACCUGACACUUUUCUUGCAGCUGAGCUCACAGGUUUGUGCUUUUUGUUUUAUCUCUUUUUUUCCCCCCUAUUUCCUGUUGUACUCUUGCAGAUGGCAGUGUCAAGUAUUUUUGGAUGUAAUUUUUUCUUACUAGAUUCUUGGGAGAGUUCAGUGCGUUUUUCUUGUUUUCUAUUUCAACGAGGAUGAACAGACAUUUUCCCACUUGCAGGAGGGCAACUGGAGGAGAAUGACUGGUAAAACCCAGACCAGCAACGUGACCAAUAAGAAUGAUCCUCGCUCCCUCAACUCCAGAGUCUUCAUCGGGAACCUCAACACAGCCAUCGUUAAGAAGACCGACAUAGAGGUCAUCUUCGCCAAGUACGGGAAGAUAGUGGGUUGCUCUGUGCAUAAAGGUUACGCGUUUGUACAGUACAUAAACGAAAGGAACGCCCGGGCUGCCGUGGCAGGAGAAAACGCCCGGAUCAUUGCUGGACAGCCUCUAGACAUAAACAUGGCGGGCGAGCCCAAGCCUUACAGGCCCAAAGGCGGCUCCAAGCGGCCGCUCUCGGCUGUUUACAGCGGUUACGAGUUUGAUUACGAAUACUACAGGGAUGAUUUCUACAGCAGGCUUUUCGAUUACCACGGCAGAGUGGCCCCCCCACCCAGAGCUGUGAUCCCGCUGAAACGCUCCAGGGUCCUCGCUCCUUCCUCUCGCCGUGGGAAGACUUCCUUCCCUGUCAAAACAUCCUCCUCUUCUUCCUCUUCAUCCUCCAGACCUCCAACAUCAUCCUCCUCCUCAGGUGUCAAAUUGAAGACGGACCAGCUCCAGACCAUUAAACGAGAGCUCACCCAGAUCAAAAUGAAGAUCGACUCUUUACUGGGACGCCUGGAGAAGAUUGAGAAGCAGCAGAGGACAGAAUCCGAGGCUCAAAGAAAAUACGAAGACAACUGCGACUCCCUGCAUGAGGAGUCUGUGUCGGAGACAGCAGAAAACUCUGGGGAGGAGGCAGGCGAAGGGGCACUGGACGUGGAGGCGGGCGAGAUGACCGAUGGAGGGGAGGACGACUACGACGAGGAGGGCAGCCACCAUCUGAUAGAGAACCACGUAUCGGACAUCGACAACUGAGAUAAGGGCAAAGAAGCAAGCUCUCCUGGUUGUAGGUUUUAGAUUUCAUCAUCACCUUCAAGAGGCAGAAUAAAAGGAAUUUGUGAAAGAUGAGGAUUCGGGGACUGUAAGUUGUGUUUUGGAGAUGCCAAGUCGUGUUUGCAGCGCAAACUGUUAAAGUAAAAUUUACCCAAGACCUGUUUUAACGUUUCUCUCCUGGAGUUUACAUCAAAAAGCAGCUUAUAUCACACGGCACGAAAGGAAACAGGAAGAUUUAUAAAUAUUUGUUGAUGCUUUUAUGAAAUGUGCUUGCGCUGUAAUCUUACUACUCCUUUCUUUAAGCGUUUUUAUUUCUCAAACAUCAAAUGUAUAAGUGAAGGUAAGGACAAUCUCCGGUCGCAGAGUGGUGUUCAGAAAAUAAAUGAGACGCCGCCGCCACCGCCGUCUGCUUUUGGAUUUGGACUCAUGCAUAAGCCAAUAGCUGUGAGCAAAACGCCAUCCAGCUUUAUCCAUUUAUCACACAAGCGUCCCUGUGGGGCUGUUCCACCGUGCAUCUCCGCUCCUGCCAAGUUUCAGAAGCAGCGAGGGCUUCCUGUGGCGGAGCGAGCCAAGCCUGGCAGGGACCUCCUGAUGGGGAAGCAGGGGCCCACUCGGCCCCAUGCAUCCCAACAUGCACUGCUGCUGUUCUCCCGCUCCAUCUCCGACAUUCUGCACUGAUUCACAGCGUCUCAUUCAGGCGAGAGAGCGAAGCAGGAGCUUUCAAAAUGAUCGAGGGUUUGAUUUUGUUGUUUUUUUCAUGUUACAAUCAUAAGUUUCUACAACGGAGUGUAAGGGCCAAACUAAGAAAAUCCAAAAAUACAUGUUACGAGAAUAAAAGUCAUAAUAUUGUGGAAAUAAACAACAUUAAAGUUGUAGUGUUAUAAGAAUAGUUAUAUUACUACUUUAUUCACAUAUUAUUUCAACUUUAUUUUUGUAAUACUGCAACUUUAUUGUCAUGCAAUUUUAUUCUCAGAAUUUUAUUACCUUAAUCUCAUAAUAUUCUGACUUUAUUCAUAAGAUUAUUUCAACUUUAUUCUCUUAUUCACAUUAUUUCAACUUCAUUUUUUAUGACUUUAUUCUAAUAUUACAGCUUUAUUUCCUAUAAUAUUGCAUUCAUUCUCCUGCAGGUUUAUCCUCAUAAUAUGACUUUAUUCCCCUAAUUUUAACUUUAUUCACUUAUUUUGACUUUAUUCCCAUAAUAUUAUGACUUUAUUCUCAUUACAACUUUAUUCACAUUAUUUUGACUUCUUUUUUUUAUGACUCUAUUCUCAUAAUUCUACAAGUUUAUUCUCAUGCAAGUUUAUUCCCACAAUUUUAUGACUGUAUUUUCAUAUUUAUUUAGAUUUUUCUUAGUCUGGUCCUAAUACUCCAUUGUAAGUUUCAGUGAGUUUUAUUGGGAUUUAACUUGACAGACCAGCACAAUAAAACUUGGUUCUAGAACGUUUAAAUAUCUUCAUAUUCAUUAUAUUUUAAUAUAAUGAACCCUAAAUAAGAUGAAUUAUAACCAGUUGCCUGGUGAUUACCGUCGUUUGAUUCAGGUGUGUUAGUGCAGAUACGAUUAAAAGCACCCCAUUUUGAUUCAGAGUCAUGCAGCUCUUAAUAAAUUUAGCUGAGCUGGACCAAAUGCAAAAUUGGCUCCAGAGGUUUUAAAGGUUGAUUAUGAUUUUGAGUAGGAUUUGCAACUAAUAAAAUAAAAAUGUCAGUUUCAUCAGAAAAAUUAAAUUAUCUCCCUUCAAAAUCCUCAAGGCUGCAUUUAUCCCCGUCACUUCUGCCACAUUUUUUUCCUUUUGCUAAAUUUCCCAGCUUCUUUAGAAACUACAUUUUGCCUACUUUUCUUACUUUGGGUGUCCAACUUCAGGUUUUAAGUGCCGAUGUUUUGUCAGUUUUAGAUGUACUUUAACUCCAACGCAGCUGAUUCAAAUGUCAAAGUUCUGCAGAGGUUCUGCUACCAAAGCAUCAUCUGAU